GACAAUACCAUACUUUUUCACGAUCUACAUUAAAAAAAUCUGAGAAAGACAGUCAUGGCAGACAAAAAAUCCACAGGGAGUGAAGCCGUUUUGGGCCAAAAGUGGGACAGAUGUGUAUCAGAUACUUUGAUCAAGAUAGGUGGCGGUCUUGGUCUUGGUGUUGUAUUUUCAGUUUUCUUAUUUAAGAGGAGACCGUGGCCUAUAGCCUUUGGGUCAGGAGUUGGACUUGGUAUGGGCUACGCCAACUGUCAGCAUGAAUUCAGAGACCCUUUCCAGGUCCGUGGAAAGAUUGUAAAGGUCCUCCCAGACAUAGUCGCAGAUGUACCCAAGGCAGUAGAAGUUCAGGCAAGCACGGAGGCAUCAUCAUCAUAGCAACAAUAAGUUAUUCAUAUGUUUUAUUCGAAUAAUAAAUAUUCUGAUGUCAUUUCAUGUGAAUGUAAGUGGAAAGCUUGGAUGAGAAAGAUUUCAGAGAUCUCUUUGUGAUUGCCCAAUGAGAGUCUUUAAACCAAUGUCAUGUGACGAAAGGGUUUGCAAUUAAUCACAAAUGGCAAAUGCCAAUCUAUGUCAUUUGUGGCAUGUACAUUUUCAUUCAAAAGACCUGUCACCAAUCAACAUGGUUAAUGAUUGUGGCUUUAUAUUUGCAAUUGGUUGCCUACCAUUGUGUUGCAGGGGUACAAAUGACAAAAUACAUAUUCAACAUUUACUUGCAUUUUUUAUAUUCUGCAAUAUUGACAUUUAAUCUUGUUUUUUCUUAAAGCAUUUUGCUACACAUGUCUUUGCUACCACAAACUUGUUCCAUAUAAACUAUGCAUUUUAUUCCUGAAAAUACCACAAUGCUCUCCUCAAGGAUUUGCAUGUCAGUCAAUAUAAGAUUCAACCUACCCUCUGUUCUAAUGUAUGGGAGUGAACUGGAGUUUUAUCAUCAAGAAACUUUGGGCUAAUUUUUUUUCAUCCUUUCCAAGGCUAAAUUUUGUAAUUGUCAUUGAGUGUGCUACCCAAAUCAGUAUGCAACAGACUGAAGUAUGGCGAUGUGACAAUUAGCACCCUUCAUGUAUUUCAUCAAACAUCCUAUCCCACAAAAAAUUGUAUUUCCUGUCAUUCACAUCUACAUGUAAUGCUGUAGCCUAUAAUGGUUAUUGAAACUUGCUCUUGAUAAUUGGGCAAUGGGACACAGGCUGACCUUUAAUUACUUCAAUAUGAAGCAGAAAAGAAUUGAAAUUACUAGCAUUACAGAUGAACUAAAGGAAAAAAACAUGAUUUGUCAAUAUUUGUUUCGUCUGAGAGCAAUCUGUUGUCAUAGAGCGUGCAGGGGUGCAGGAAGUAAUUAUCAUUUUGAAAUGAAAAUUUAGCUCAGUUAUCUGUAUUUCAUAGUAGGAGCCACAGAGAUAUAUCAGCUGCAGCUGAAAUUGUAAUUACAAGCUCAGUUCACUAUCUUUAUCAAGUCUUUGACAUGCCCAGUCAAGUCUUGCCAUCCUCCCUAGGUCCAUGGUCUUACCAACAUUUUCUAUGUACAGUGUUCAAACAACACUUAUUUGCAUGCAUUAUGUAUAAGCCUAAACUGUGGGUAUUGCUUUUCACAGAAAAAUCAAACAACUACUACAUUGCACUGGCUUUUUAAAAUAAAUAUAAAUGUCCCAAAGCUAUUGUAACUAGGCAAUUAAAUUUGCCUCCUGUCUCUUCAGAAUUUAUUGUUGCAUCAUACGACUAUGGCUUUGUCAACAAAAAGUCACUGAGCUCUCCUGCUAAACUGUUAAUUUGAUGAAGAGCUAAUGUACCGUUACGAGAUCAUGCUUGUUGGUUGAGGCUCAACAGUUGAUGUAAAUGUCAGAAUUACAUUUCACCUACUCUUUAUUGCUACUGGUUUUAAACGGAUGUUCUUUUCCUUAUUGAAAUAUACAUUUGCAAGAUAUUGCUUAAUCACCCUCAUCAUAAUUCCUGAUUGAUUCUGAAAUUUGCUUUGGCGAAGGGAUUUUAUUGCCAUCAGAAAGUUUUUAAUGUGGGAAGUGUAUGGAAGAAUAUAUGGUAUACAAUGUGACUUAUGAGUGUAGUUUCAUGUGUGAAUUAUAUUGACAUGGCUUGCUUUUAAAAAGCUUGUCCAUGUAUCAUGUAUAUAGAUGACAUGAACAAGAUGUCAAUAAUAAAUUGAAACAUGGUAAAAAGAUUAA